GAGGCCCUGAGGGAGCACGUGGCCCGAAUGGCCUCGCCGUCUGUCAGGAUGGAGGGGGCGGCCGUGUGUGAGAUUUUGAAAUAUGUAAUUAUUCACUGGAAACACGAAGCAGAAGGACGAACAAAAGGAGCGUUACUGGAAGGAGAGCUGGUGAUUUCCAUAGAAGCACUGCGUUCUAAGCAGUCUGAAAACUGGCUUCACUGUGUGACAACCAUUACCUCUGCAGGAAGCUUAUAUGGUGACAUUAUCUCUAAACAGUUCAUGAAAGAAAUGCAGUCGAUGCUGGCAGGAUCCUCUAUAAAACUAGUGUGGAGUUCAGGGGAAACCGGCUCUACCCAGAUGACUUUUGAGAUGCAAGAAGCACGCAGAACCCUAUCGUUCAACUGUCUAGUGAUAAAGCAGUUUCUGCACAAGCUCAGCAUCGUGCAUCCGAAGAUCAGAUUCCACUACUCUUUGAAGGCUGAUGGGGCCCUCUCCAAGGAGACCAUUGGGGCAGGCGGAGGAUCCGUCGCAACCCUGCCCGGUGGACUUGGCCUGCUCACCAACUGGCAUCAUUACUUGAGGUCAGCGGUCGCUAGGUCUGAGUUACCGUGCAGCAGAAUCCACCCUGUGCUGGAGAAGCCUGUUGCCCUGCUGAUUCCUGACGCGGUAGCGGACGCGGGCUUGUUAGGGGAGCUGACCCUGACUUCGGCAGCUGCUCUGAGUCCCUGUCACGAGGUCAACCUUCACCAGCUCAGCAGGAUCUCCAAGGCCUCCAUAUCCUUUUGAUGGAUUUCCAAGCUCCGGGGGCCUGCGGCUCCACUGUCCCUUUUUUGGUCACGCUCAAGCUUGACCCUCAGUUAAUUCUUCCUCUUUCCGGGCUGCGGUUUUCCUCUCUUUACAGCGGGGAAAAUGGGUGUUCCUCUCUAGCAGCUAUCGGGAGAAAGAACA